UGUCCGAACAAAUCCCCCCUGAAGUAGUUCGAUUGAUUGGAGAAUUUCACUCGGCCCUAGAAGAGCAGAUCAAUGAGAUUGAAUUGCUCAAAAGUCAACGUCUUGCAAAGAGAGCGAUCUUAUUACGAAGAGGAUAAGCGGCGUGAGGACGUGCAUAAAUAAUGCCCUCAACUCGGUUUCGACUCAGGCAACUAUUUCAAUGCUCCCUCGUAUAAUCGAGGCAUCGUCGCAAUCGAAACUUGAGCGACUUCCACGAGUCGCAGCCGAGCACACUUAUGUGAAGAGCAAGUCAAAAUGCCUUCCAAGCACACGGGUCAAGAUACAGAAUUCCCUUCUCAAUCAUCUAAAACUAGCCGAGAAUCGAUUCGUUUGGCUCCGUGGGUCCCCUGGCACGGGGAAAACAGCGAUAUCUAUGAGCAUCGCAUCUACGCUCGAAAAGGAAGGCACCCUUGCUGCCUCUUUCUUUUGGGAUAAAAACCAACAGGGAACAGGCCUCGAUUCUUUAGAGAAGUUCCCUUCUACCCUAGCACGUCAACUUGCGGUCUUCGAUGCGGACUUCCAGGUCUCGCUUGUCAAUCGCCUUCGGCAGCCGAAUUCUGAGCUGAUUCUAAGCCUUCCUCUGGAGAGCCAAAUGCGGACUUUGGUUCUCGAACCGAUGAAUGGUCUCAGGGGCUUAUUUUCUACAAGCAAGGAACGCAAGUUCACCAUCAUCUUGGAUGGUUUGGACGAAUGCGGAAGCUCAGAGGCGCUCACGUCUCUGAUGAACCUCAUACUUCUUCUCGAUGAGCUGCCAUCAGCUUUUUCCAUACUGGUCAGUUGCCGUCCUGAACGUCAAGUCAUCUCCAUUUGGGGAGAUCGGGGCUGUGUCAUCCCAUGUGAUAAUGUGGAUGAGGUUGACUCAGACGAGACAUUCGACACAAUCCGGCAGAUGGUGAAGGACGGGCUCAAAGGGUGCAUGGGGGAAUCUCAGUGGGAACCGUCAACAAACGAUCUCGAUGCCUUCACUUCAGCUUGCCGUGGUUUGCCUGUUAUGGCCUCGAUCCGAAUACGUGAAGUUCAAUUUCAGACUCAAAGUGGUUCCGACCUUGAAUCGGAGUUUGAAUACUUUCUCAAUCUUCAAGCUGCACCUCAGGAUCUCAACCAGGAGUACUUACGAAUAAUGCGACGAGCCUUUAGGCCCCGUCUCUCGAGAAUUCGUCCACACAUUGAGAAGAAUUAUCGCGAAGUAGUCGGGAUACUCGUUGCUGCACCAGUACCGCUCAGUGUUCACGGCAUGUCACAUCUCUUAGGAAUUGCGGAGGGAAAAAUCCAUGCGAUACUGGAUCCCCUCAGUUCAAUUAUUUCCAUCCCUCCAAACAAUGCAGAGGUCAAAUUUUAUCAUGCAACGGCAAAGGAAUUCAUCACUGGAGUGCCCAUCGGCCAUGACGAAGACAAGGUGUUCUUUAUUGAUGAUUCAAAAGGAUACCUCGGAUUACGACUCCUUCGAUUUGUGAAUAAUGUCAUUCAAAGGAACGAAAUUGGGUUGCCCACCGAGCUUCCUUUGGGAGAUAAAAAGAAUGGUUGUUUUCCCACUUGAAUCCUGCGCUACUCUUUUCAGAAGAGUCUAACGAAUUGCAAGGAGAGUUUGAACAACUCCUGCUGCAAAACUUAUUCUCGUUCUUGGCGGCUUCUCGGACUUGGUGGCGAGAACACGAGUCGGUCUGGAAAGAAUGGUGUGGUUUGGAUGAAUUCACCAAUCACGAAUCAAUUAAGCUGCUGAACG